AUGGUCAAGAAAGUCGGCAAGUACGAGAUUGGGAAGACGCUGGGGGAAGGCACGUUUGGAAAAGUCAAGUAUGCAGUGAACACGGAGACGGACGAGCGCGUCGCGAUCAAAGUGCUGGACAAGGAGAAGAUCCAGAAGCAGAAUAUGGGCGCGCAGAUUAAGAAGGAGAUUUCGAUCAUGAAGAUGGUGCGCCACAAGCACGUGGUCGUGCUGAAAGAAGUGCUGGCGAGUCGAACCAAGAUUUUCAUUGUGCUAGAGCUGAUCACAGGGGGCGAGCUCUUUGACAAGAUCGUGAGCGAAGGAAGAUUCAGCGAAGAGACGGCUCGCUUUUACUUCCGUCAGCUUGUGGACGGUGUGCAGUACUGCCACGAAAACGGCGUGUGCCAUCGCGACCUGAAACCGGAAAAUCUGUUGCUCGAUGAGAAUGGAGACCUUAAGAUUUCUGACUUUGGUCUCUCGGCGCUGUACGAGGGCGGAGGUCCAGAUGGCCCCGAGAGCUCGCGUGCGUCGCUGCUACACACGACGUGUGGAACGCCAAACUACGUCGCUCCUGAGGUCCUUGCCGACAAAGGAUACGACGGACGUGCCGCGGAUGUCUGGUCCAUGGGUGUCAUUUUGUACGUGCUGCUGGCCGGUUUCCUGCCGUUCGAUGAGCCGACGAUGUCAGCGCUCUUCCGCAAGAUUCAAAAAGCCGAGUUCUCGUACCCGAGCUGGUUUACGCCACGCGUGAAAGCGCUACUGAACCGCAUACUUGUGCCAAACCCGGAGACGCGUAUUGCGAUCAAGGAUGUCUUGCAAGACGAGUGGUUCGUGAACGCAGGCGUCUCUAACGAGCUGGUGACUCACACGACUGGCUCUGAAACGAUUAGUGCGGAGAUGGCGGCUACUCCUGCACCGGGCCCCAUUGACCACAUGACCAUCAAACCGAGCCAGGCCGAUUUGGAUGCAGCCAUCCUGGAGCACCAGGAUGAGAUCAACUCCGACAAGAAGGACAAGUUAGAUGGAGGUCUGAAAGUGAUGAAUGCGUUCGACCUGAUCAACAUGUGCGGCGGCGUGGCACUGAACCGCAUGUUUCAGAGCAAUGACGAGAAGCGAGUCAAGCGGGCAACCCAGUUCACAUCGACCAUCCCGGCAGCGAGCAUCAUGACUCGCUUGACGGGUCACUUGGAGAGUCUCCACUGCGAGAUCAAUGUAGAAAACUCGUCAAAGGUGAAGGCUGUGCUGCAGACACCCAAGGGUGCUGUUGGCGUCGUGAUUCAGAUCUUCAUUCUUGCGGAUAGCCUUCAUCUGGUGGAAGUGCGUCGUGGCAAGGGGGACAUUUUCGAGUACCACAAGUUUUACACGCAGCUGAACGAGCAGAUGAAGGACCUGAUCGCGGCCCCAGGUAGCCACUAG